AUUACAAUAAAAUUUUGUGAAUCAAUUGAGGUGAAAUUAUCUUUUCCAAAAGAAUGGAACUUCUCAGUUCAUUGAAGAAAGAAGAGAUUUUAGAGGUGCUUUCUCACGGUGGCUUAUGUCACUGCUGUCAAACUCUGGUUCAUGAUCGAAUCAUCGGAACCCUUCAUAAAAGAAAGCGAGGUGAGAAUUUGUAUCAAGACUUGGAAGAUAUCAGAAGGAAGAGUCGCAGACACAAUUUUGAUUCUUCACAUAAGGAAUUAUCUGAUUUGGAGGAACCAAAAGAGCUUAUAAGAUAUUCAGAAGUUCACUGCAAAAAAGACUUCACCUACAUUGAAAGGAUAAAUGGGAGAGCCAUAAACUUGUUACAGGGUCUUGAACUUCACACUGGUGUUUUCAAUGUUAUGGACCAGAAUGAGAUUGUUGAUUAUAUAUACCGAUUGCAACGGCUAGGACAAGAAGGAAGACUUAGAGAUAGAACAUAUUCAAAACCAAGAAAGUGGAUGCGAGGUAAAGGACGCGAAACCAUACAGUUCGGCUGUUGUUAUAAUUAUGCGGUGGACAAGAAUGGUAACCCUCCAGGGAUAAGUAGAACUGAAGAAGUCGACCCAUUACCACGCCUGUUCAAGCAAAUGAUAAAGAGGAUGGUUCGAUGGAAUAUAAUUCCUCCGACAUGUAUUCCCGAUAGCUGCAUUGUCAACAUAUACAAUGUAGGCGAUUGCAUUCCGCCCCACAUCGACCAUCACGAUUUUGUCCGCCCGUUUUAUUCAGUAUCAUUCUUGAGCGAAGCCGAAAUCUUGUUUGGUUCAAAUUUAAAAGCUAUCCGUCCUGGAGAGUUUUCAGGUCCCGCAUCCAUUUCCUUACCUACAGGGUCAGUGUUUGUUUUGAAAGGCAAUGGAGCAGAUAUUGCUAAACAUUGUGUUCCAUCUGUGUCAUCAAAAAGGAUUUCUAUUACCUUCAGAAAGAUGGAUGAAAGAAAGUUGCCCUAUAAUUUUUCACCUGAUCCUGAGCUGGUGGGAAUCAAGCCACUUAUCAAUUCACCUCCAAUCAAAACCAGAAAGGAAUUCAGAAACACAUGACAAAGUAUAGAUUGCUUAAUGUUAGCUAGUUAACCAAUUGUAUUAGUUAGUUAGUUAACUUGCAUUACAAGCAAGUAAGUUAGCUUUUGGUUAAUUAGAUGAGUUAGUUAGGAGUUUGUUAGAAGCUAGCUCAUCUAUAUAUAUAGCUCAUAACACUUCUACACUUGCUUAAUUCAAUCAAUCAAUACAAAUCCUUCUUUUAUCUCUUUGUUAUUAUCUUCAAGCUUGAGCUCAUUAUCUCCAACAAUGGAGUUUUAUCUUACAUUUUUGUUGUUAUCUGUCACAUACUUUGGUAUGGUAUCAGAGCGUCUCAAUU